AUAUAUUGUGACGUCAUACCUCGCAACCAUGUCGCAACAAUGUCGAACAUUUGAUAAGCGGGAAAUUUAAUUUUUAACAUAAAAUGUCUCGUUUAGGUAAUCCACGCGAAGAAACUGGGGACUUGAAAAUUUCUCGUUUGGGCAAUCCACUCAAAGAAAAAGGAGACAUGACAAGCGCCUAUUCAAGUUUGCAAACCAGUGCUAUGAUGUUGAGAUUAUCAGGGAAACCUUUGGGAAAGAUAGGGGAACCAUUAAAGGUGGCCAGUAACACGACUGAACAGACUGAAAAGAAAAAUGCAUCCUCCAAAUCCAAGGACAUGAAAAUAAAAGAUAGGAAGUCAAAAGAGCAGAAAAGUAAAAGUGAUGCUCGUGGUGGAUCAGCAAAAAGCAUUUCAAAGGCAAAUGGUGUUGAUCUAAAGGAAGAUGAGCGCAAUCCAAUCGUGGAUGACUUGGACAUGGAAAUGGAUGAGCACGCUAUUGCCACUUUUCGUGAUCUCUUUAACACCCUGGACCAGUCGAACACUGGCAUCAUCACAGCUGACAAUCUUUAUGAGGAGUUGCGUCGUGUUGACAGCGAGAUCACAUUCAAUGAGGUGUCUGAGAUACUCAGGAAGGCUGACAAGAAUAAAGAUGGAAACAUCGACUUUGAUGAGUUCCUCUUUCACAUGACACACAUGGAAGGGGAUCAUCUGGGACCAGAGCAUGCUGACGAAGAAACAAAGCAGAAGUACAAGAGGAGAAAGCGACUUUUCUAUUCCGCUAUCACAAAAUUCUCCAUCCGCCAGACGCUUGCAGAUAUCGAGAAGACGUUCCGCAAACAGGCGCCACACCUGAUCAGCCACUACACAGCUGGUGCACGCCUCAUUGGUCUCACCACACGCCAGCUCGAACGGCAGAUGAAAAAGAUGCAGAAAUCAUGUGGGAAAAAUGACUCCCCAUACGCCAAGCCCUUGCAGUUUGUCCACAUGGGGGCGAAAAAGAUAGUACAUAGAAAGAAGAUUUUAAAGGAUAAGUCUUCUACGCGCGAGCAAAGCAAGACGAUCGUGAGCAACAGUGGUGAAGAGGAGACAGACACUACUGUGGCAAACCUAAGCAAGGAGAUCAAUGACACAAUGCGCCUAUUUGCAGAGCAAAAGGACAAUGGCUUCCCAAAACUGCACAAUGCCAACCUUAUCAUGGAACUGAGGCAGAAAAUCGGCACUGUGAAACUGAAGAUGCAGUCAAAGAAGAACAAAGCCCAACCCCAGGCCCAGACCCAGCCUGUUUCGACAGAAGCAACAACGCCAAUUCAGAACACGUGUGCCACCAGAGUGAAGCCAACAACAAUGGAGCGCCGGAGAAUAAAAAUUGUGGAUGAAAAAAAAAGCGAAGAGGUCAUGAGCAACCGAAAGAUGCUGUCCAUGAGUGCGCCCAACGGCAGAAAGUACAACAACAAGCACUCACUGGCUAUGGGACUUGGCUGGACCACCCCCCGUAUCCAGUACAUUGACGUGGACCUACCCAGCCUGAAAAUGUCGCAAACUUCAGAGAAACCAACAUUUAAUGAUCUUCACACAAUCAGGGCAAAGGCCAAAGAAGCCAUUGAUGCGUACUACCACAACCUGCGGCAGACAGAGAUCAGAAACGCCUGGGACCACUGGGACCGACUCUAUGCCGAUGUUGUCCUGCCAAAAAAGCUGCUUCGAAACUUCCGAGAAGUCUACAGUGCCUACUCGCCUCAUAGAGAGGAAGAAGCCUUUGUGGUCUGCCCCUGGAAACCCGGACCUUUCCGAUACAUCCGUCACAUGACCAUCCCCCCGACAUCACAGGACGUGGGCAAAGGCGUGGCCAACGCCAUGAAAGUACCGCCUAGGAUGAAGAAUCGAGGAAGAUUGGUUAUCAGGCCCUUAAAGAGCAUGUCGGUCACCAAACCAUUCGGGCGGAGCAGCUCUGCCCUCAUCAGAAACACGCCCAGUCCUGUUAACAGACCAGCAUCUAUGAUGUCUAACUAUGCUUAACUAACUACGACUGCAUUGCUUUAAAAAAAGUAUAACUUUCUUGUUUUUGGUAAACCAAAUUAAGAGUAUUUUUAUAAAUUUUACCUAUUGUUUCAUUUUUAUAGUUAAAAAAAUAUAAUUUUAAUAACUAAUAAUAGUAGUAUUUUUAUCUGUUUUUGCUUUGUUAGAAAUGGUUAUGCCAAUAACUUUAAAUAGUAAUGUUUUUUAAUUUUCAGUUUAGCUUCUAAAAUCUUUUGUAUGUUUGUAAUUGUAUAGUAUGCAUUCUGACAUAAUGAGAAUCUUCUUUCUUUUUGAGGAAGCUUUUUGUUGUAUUUUAAAUGAUUUUUAACUUAACCUUUUUUCAUGUUUAGGCAUAACAAUAUAUUAUUGGUAUAAUUUAAAUAAUAAAUUAAGCUUGUUUGUUUGUAAAUCAGUUUGAUAUACUGACUUUUUUGUAAAAAAUUUACAUAUUUCUUUUUUUUUAAUUGUCAAUAAAAAAUUGCAAAAUUUAA